AUGGUAAACAACGCAGCAGUGGAGGCGAUCUGUUCUGCGACAUAUUUAUCUGAUUAUCUCGACACAGCGGAGACAUUACCCGACGAGCUGCAGAGAAAUAUUUCUCAGAUGAGAGAACUACAUGUAAAAAAUAGAGCGAUUUUGAAGGAGAUAAACAGCAUGAACAAUACAGCUAUGAAGGAAAGCGGUUCAUCUAAAAAUGUAUGUCGUGCCCUCCAGAGGGCACUAGUUCACUGCCAGGAGAUUGGUGAUGAGAGAAUCGCCCUGGUUCAGCUGAUCACAGACCUCAUUGAGAACCGGUCUCGGCAACUGGAGCAAGACAAAGAACACUUAGAUCCGCGUUCCACAAAAGAGCCCGAACCGGAGGUUAUCAUUGUGCCAGUUAAGAAAGAAGCUAAAGUUGAGCAGCAAGAGAAACCAGAAAAAGUGAUCACAUUUAAACGGCAGAGACGACAGAAAAAUGAUGUUGCAGAGGAAGAAGUCAAGCCGGAGGAGAAGGAAAAAGUACCCAAGAAGAAAAAGAAACGCAAGGUCGGCAAGAAAGACGGAAACCCACCAGAAGUGCAGGUGGAUCCAGAUGAGCCAGUAUACUGUUCCUGCAAAAGUGUUUCCUACGGAGAAAUGAUCGGCUGUGACAAUGAGAAGUGUGCAAUCGAGUGGUAUCACUUUGGUUGUGUGGGUCUUCGUACGAAACCAAAAGGAAAGUGGUAUUGUUCUGAAUGCAGGGGAGAUAAGUCUAAUGUCAAACGAGCAGACAAAUAG